UUAUUUUAAUAAACUAUGUCGUUAAAGUGACUGUAAAUAGAGACUUUUCCGAUUUAAACUUUUAUUAUAGUUAAAACAUCUAUUGUGUGAUAUCUGAAAUCAUGAAGAAAGGCUAUAAAGUAACUGAUGUGAAACGUGAAAAGAAAAUUGGAGUCGCCGCCGAAAAUUUAAAUGAACUGAUACAAAAAUCAUGUAAAAAAUUAGGGUUCAAUGUCGGGUUUGUGGAAUGCAAGCUUUUCGUGGCGGAAGACGGCACACAAGUGGAAGAGGAUGAUUAUUUAGAUACAUUGCCUUCACAAACCCUUUUUAUAUUAUUGAAAAACGAUGAAACAAUGAUAACUGACUUUGACUACUACUAUAAUAUGAUUAGAUCAACAAAAAAGGAGUACAUUGAUACAGGUGUAGCCGCGAAAGAGUUUCUUACUUCAAACAUAAAGGAGAAAUUCAGAGUGUUCCAGAAAUACGUCGCGGCGGCGAGCGACGCGCGUACUAUGCUUAGUGAGCGUGCUCAAGAUCCACAGUGGUUUGUAGGUUUAGAACCGUCAGAAAAAACUAAGGAACAAUCCAUGUCAAAACGCGUUAAAGAACGAAUGAAAGGGUAUUAUUACAAAACCAAGUCCGCGUUGCUGUCGUCAGAACUUUACACCAACUCCAAAAGAGGACGAGGGAAGAAACUCAUUGAUCAGUUCCUAAUUGAUCUACGCAAAUUAUUGGAAUCCAACAAAUACAAUGAAGGCUAUUUCAACCGGCAAGCUGAGAAAAAUGUUCGAUUGUGCAAUGAGAACGGACUAUUCCAGUGCGGAGGCCUAUGGAAUAACAACGAGUGUGCCUAUCAAGGUGAACACGUAAUAAAUCCUUAUAGAAGUCGGGAGGAGAGAAUCAUAUUUCAAACUUGGAACUUGGAUCAUAAAAUCGAGUUGUCAAGGUCUAUUAUACCAAAAAUAUUGGAUGCGAUAGAAUGGUUGUAUAGUGAAAAUAUUAAAUGUAUAUCUUGCGAGAAUGAUUUUAAGAUUGGCUGCAUCGAAACUGACAGCGAAUCCAGGCGUAAGGUGGACAAUCCGUAUUGGUAG